AUAUAUUCUCCGGCACCGUUCGCCAAUUUCAGCUUCUUCUUCUUCUUCUUCAGUUCUCUGGUUUUUUGAGUGUUGUGAUUUCUAGGGUUUUGAGAUUGGAGAUGGCGGUGGAGUUGAUGAGUGGUUUCAGAAGCGAGAGUUUGGGCGGCAAGAUGGAGGAAAACGCCGUCCAGGAGGCGGCCACCGCCGGCCUUCAGAGCGUCGAGAAGCUCAUCAGAUUGAUUUCUCAGUCUCAGCAACAAAACAGUAGCUUUUCUGCUGCUCCGCCGUUGCCGGCGUUCUCCGCCGAUUACCAGGCGGAGGCGGACGCCGCCGUCACGAAAUUUAAGAAGUUUAUUUCCUUGCUCGACCGGUCCCGGACCGGACAUGCCCGGUUCCGGAGAGGGCCGGUUGUGAAUCAGAAGAGGGAAGUAGUAGAUCCGGUGGUUAAUCAGAACUCGAGUAGCCGGAUCCGGGUCAGCGAAGAACCCGAGAAGAAAAUCUAUCACCCGAAGCCGAUUCAGAGUCUGCCGCCGCUCCCGCAUCACCACCACCACCAGCCGGCGAAGACAUCGUCGGCGGCGAAUACAAUCGAACGGAAAGAGCCGUCGACCACCAUCAGUUUCGCCGCAAUGGCGGCCCCAUCUCCGGCGGGCUCUUUCAUCUCAUCUCUCACCGGCGACACAGACAGCGUUCAGCCGUCUCUCUCCUCCGGCUUCCAGAUCACCAAUCUGUCCCAAGUUUCCUCCGCCGGCAAACCGCCGCUCUCAACCUCGUCCUUCAAACGCAAGUCCAGUUCCAUCGACGACGCCGCCGUUAAGUGCAGCAGCGCCGGCGGUUCCGCCUCCGGCCGCUGCCAUUGCCCCAAGAAAAGGAAAACAAGGGUGAAACGAGUGGUCAGAGUCCCGGCAAUCAGCCUGAAAAUGGCCGAUAUUCCCCCAGAUGAUUAUUCAUGGAGAAAAUACGGCCAGAAACCAAUCAAAGGCUCUCCACAUCCUAGGGGAUAUUACAAGUGCAGUAGUAUAAGAGGAUGCCCGGCGAGAAAACAUGUGGAGAGAGCAUUGGACGAUCCAACGAUGUUGAUUGUAACCUACGAGGGAGAUCACAGCCAUUCACGCUCCAUCACGGAGGCACCAUCUGCGUUAAUACUGGAGUCAUGUUAGCCCUACGAUCUUCAUCCGACGGUCCAGAUCGUUCUCCCAAACCCCAACCCAAUCACCGCCGUUGAAGUUGCCAGAUGAAAAAGGACAAACAAAGAUGCCCCCGAGUUGGUCAACGCCUGGCGCAUUAGAUUCCCAUAGAAAACCGGGAAAGUGCCCGGUGGGGGCUCCCCCGAUGGGGCCCACAUAAGAAAAUUUGUUUAUAUUCAUGAUUUGUUCCCCUCUGUUUAUUCGCCGUUGAAAUCUUUUGAUUCUGCGUGGAAAAAGCAAAAGCAAACAAGAUGUAUAUUGUGGAUUUGGUGGGAAUUGAAUCAUGCAAGUUGUGGAUGUU